CUCAAAAUAGACGUCACACUGCGGAAGCGGGUAUACCCGCUGAAACGCCGUCUAUUUUGAGCGACUUUCAAGCCCGGCAAAGCCAAUGGAGAAAUAUGUGCGGCUCCCAGUGUUUUCUUUUCCGUGGCAACCGGGUUCAAAUGGCUCUUGCGGUGUCAAAGGUUGCCGACCGCUGAACUAGUUCAAUAACGUGGCUCGUAAAACUACACGUCCCAGGAUUCACAGCGACGAGUUUGUCUGGGUAAUCCGGUCAAGGGGAAGAGGAGAUAAAAAAAAAAAACAACCCCAGCAGGACCCUUUGUGACAGGUUUGCUUCUGCUCGGACGUGGAAUACAGUCCAUAUAGAUUCACUUUCUUUAGUUGACGGGGAAAAUAAUGCUGCUUCGGAAAGCGGGACAGUCUUCUGCACUGUGCGGUGCCAUUCUGCGGCUCACUCCCGCAAAGAUUGGGGCUCGACGCCAAGCUGCGGUGGCAGUGAACGACACGCGCCUUUAUGCGAGUCAAGCGACACAGGCGGUGCUGGAGAAGCCGGAGGCAGUCGGCACCGACGCGGCCGCUGCGGGGGAGAAGAAAAGUGCUGCAGCUGAGUCCAAAUCUUUUGCCGUCAACAUUUUCAAGGGGCAGAUUGCCACAUCGCAAGUGUUUCCAUACCCUUCCGUCUUGAAUGAAGAGCAGGAGCAGUUCCUCCGAGAGCUUGUGCCACCCGUGGGCAAGUUCUUCGAGGAGGUGAACGACCCGGCCAAGAACGACGCGCUGGAGAAAGUGGAGGACCAUACGAUGGAGGGCCUGAAAGAGAUGGGCGCCUUUGGCCUGCAGGUUCCGGUCGACCUGGGCGGCCUGGGCCUCAGCAACACGCAGUAUGCCCGACUGGUGGAGAUUGUGGGCACUCACGAUCUCGGGGUUGGCAUCACCCUCGGCGCCCACCAGUCUAUCGGCUUCAAGGGCAUCCUGCUUUUUGGGAGUCCGGCACAAAAAGAGAAAUACCUGCCGAAACUCGCGACAGGUGAGCACAUUGCUGCCUUUUGCCUGACGGAACCAGCCAGCGGUUCUGACGCUGCCUCCAUCAAAACGACAGCUGUGCAGUCCCCCUGCAAGCAGUACUUUACGCUCAGUGGAAGCAAAAUCUGGAUCAGUAACGGCGGUCUGGCCGAGAUCUUCACAGUGUUCGCCAAGACGCCACUGAAGGAUCCCAAGACCGGAGAGAUGCAGGACAAGAUCACAGCUUUUGUCGUGGAGAGGAGCUUUGGGGGAGUGACACACGGGCCGCCAGAGAAAAAGAUGGGCAUCAAAGCCUCCAACACAGCUGAGGUUUACUUCGACAACGUGCGCGUGCCAGCCGACUGCGUGCUGGGUGAGGUGGGAGGCGGCUUCAAGGUCGCCAUGAACAUCCUCAACAACGGCCGCUUCGGCAUGGCCGCCGCCCUCUCCGGCACCAUGAAAGGAACCAUCGCCAAGGCGGUGGACCACGCGGCCAACAGGACCCAGUUUGGCAGCAAGAUCCACACCUACGGCGCCAUCCAGGAGAAGAUCGCCCGCAUGACCGUGCUGCAGUACGUCACGGAGUCUCUGGCCUACAUGAUCAGCGGCAACAUGGACAGCGGGGCGACCGAGUUCCAGAUUGAGGCCGCCAUCAGCAAGAUCUUCGCCUCCGAAGCCGCGUGGACUGUGACCGACGAGUGUAUUCAAGUUCUGGGCGGGAUGGGCUUCAUGAAGGAUUCCGGAGUGGAGAGGGUCAUGAGGGAUCUGAGAAUUUUCCGGAUCUUUGAGGGCACCAACGACAUCCUCAGGCUUUUCGUGGCCCUCAACGGCUUCCAGAACGCCGGCAACCGGUUGAAGAGCUUACAAAAAGCCCUCAAGAACCCGCUUGGCAACGCCGGGCUCCUGGCUGAAGAACUUAGCAAGAGGGCCAAGAGGAAGGCCGGGAUGAGCGCAGGCCUGACACUUCAAGGAAACGUCCACCCUCAGCUGGCUCAGAGUGGCGAAAUGGCCGUGAAAGCCAUUGAAGAGUUUGGCGUUGCUAUCGAGGAGCUGCUUAUAAAACAUGGCAAAAAGAUUAUUGAUGAGCAGUUUCUGUUGAUGAGAGUUGCCGACUGCGCCAUUGACAUCUACAGCAUGAUUGUUGUCCUCUCAAGGGCCUCCCGCUCCCUGAGUCAGGGCCAGCCCUCAGCCCAACACGAGAAGGUUCUGUGCGAGACCUGGUGCGUCGAGGCCCACGGAAGGCUCACGCGGGACAUCAAGGCCUUGCGCUCGAAUCAGUCCGGGCAACUCUACGGCAACUUUCGGGCCAUUUCCGCGGCCGUGGUGGAGAACGGCGGGACGGUUGCCGCUCACCCGCUGGGUUUCUAAUUGCUCAUGGGUUUCUCUUCCACAUCUGGAUCUCCGGGCGACACGUCAACAUCACUCCAUCCUCAGUCGGAGCUGGUCGUGAGGUCUGUUUCAAUAUAAUUGUAAGGACGUGGUGUUUUUUUUUUUUUUUGGGGGGGGGGGGAACCUGGACAUUGAUUUCCAAGUCCCAGAAAUGCCAGAUCUGAGUUAAAGGGCCACUUGCACUUUAUCUCAUUACUGCCAGAUGUCCUCGUGAUGUUGCUCUUCAACACGCCUUUGAGCAUCCUCGCUGUUAGUGCUGUCCGUUGUUUAACCCGUAGAAAGGGACCGAUGUGUUCAACUUAUUCUGAAUACUUUCAAUGUGGCCUGGUGUGCGAUAUAUAUACUCUGCAUUUAUGAAGAGUUCACUGAACGAGGUGAUGACCUUUAGCGCCCGCGGGCAUGUCGAGUAUUCACGGCCAAUGUGGAUUGCGCCAGCGUUGCCUUAUGUGACGUGACACCGCAGAUGCCGCUCCCGCUUUCUGUCCGAGCGGCAACAGAAUUUGCAAAUAGAGGC